CAAUAUUUAAGGACUGAAACAGUGAAGCCAGCAUGGGAACUAACCCAAAAAGGACAGUGACAGUCCAGAUGGUGCCUCAGCUGGCUGUGGUGGACACACUGGGCAAUAAGGAGACGAAUGCCAACUGGGCCAAAGAGCCCAACCUCAAACUCUCUCAGGUUUGUCCAAAACCCACCCUCACAUCUCCUGACCACAAACAAGAUAACUCAUCUUUGACUGCUUCUCCCGCUAACAUCAUCCCACAUACCCAAAAAACUGCUUCCAAGGGAGGUGCACCAGUUAGCAGCACUGUGUCAGACAAACCAGCUAAUGGAAACCAGGAAAAGUCAGAGCGUGUCACAGGUGGAGACCAACAGAUGCAAGACCUGUCUCUAAAUGACCAAAGUGUGGGUGAGGCAGGAGGUGACCAAAGGGAUUCUAACGCUAAUAUGAAAAUGUUUAGACUGGCCGAUGAGAAGGACAUCGGUAAGGCCGGGGUGUCGCCUGCUCUUUCAGCAUCAAAGGUCGACAUGCAGACGAAUGACUGCAGAAUAAAAGGACCAAGUGCAGCAGAGGAGAAGUGUGCGAUGCUGACAUCCUCAGCCAAAGCACAAGAGGACAGUAAUAUACAUGUUUCUCCAAAUAAUAAAAAUAUAAAUAAUGCCUGUGAAUUAAGGCAUACAGCAUCUGAACCACAACACGAUAAUAAAGGGAGUAUUUUAGCUCCCAAAAACAAGGGCGCAGCUGUAUCACAGAAAUCUCAAGAGCCUGAUCACAUACAUAGCUGCUCUGUCAGUCUGCAAGAGACUCCCAAACCUAAACAAAACACAGAAACUACCACGGCGCCGCUUAGCUCCAUUAUAGCUCCCUCAAAGAGCAAAGAUGCAGAGUUUACAAAUGAGAAUUCAAGUUCAAAACAUCUCGAAAAGGAUUUGCCACCAGUAAAGAAACCACAAGUCUCCUCAGAUAAACAUCAGCCAGCGUCAUCACAAACGGACUCCACCAUUCUGCCCCAGGCUACACAAACCACGCCGGCAGAUGGGCAGGUGUUUGAGGAAGCCAGCCAGACUGACACAGCUGUCUUUGAAGGGCAGCAGCACAGCAAGCUGUACAGGGAGGCUUCAACGAUGACAUUAACCCCUUCGUCCACCCCAGUCAAACAGCGUCACGAUAUGGAGGUUCAGGCGGUGGCGAACACGUGCAGUAAGGCCGUGGCUACAAGCCCGAGCCUGCUGCCUUUCACUGUGACUCGCAGGCCAAGCGGGGGUGCGGUCCCUAGAGAGGUGGCACAGAGCCUGGCCGUAGUUUACCAGGUCGACGGGGGUGUGGGAAUACGUCAAAUGAACAUGAGUUCUCUUGGUACCGAUCUGAGGUCAGAGAGACUCACUGUUGAAGCGGAAAUGUGUCCAAACCAAACUGCUGGCGUUUUCCACUUGGAAACUUCCACCCAGCAGCAAGACAUAAGGCUUGGAGCUAAACCUAAAGACCCCGGGCCAGCUCUCUGCAACACCCAGCCAGUUUAUCAAAUCAAUAUUGAACACAAGGACCAAGGAGACACAGGUAACUCCCAAAAUAAAACAGGGAUCCAGAAAUCUGCAGCAAAAACAGCCACUACUGAAGCAACCUCUCUCACAUCAGGAACGCCCCCAGAGACAGCUGGUGCUACAAAGUCCAGAUCUGCUGACAGUAACAAUGCUGCAUCGUCUCAGGCUGCCCCGCCAACAACAACAACAACAACAAAUGCCACGUCAGAUCUAACUAAAAACAAAGCUGAAAGUCCCAAACAAAAGGCUAAAGCUGGAAGUAAAGCCCCGAAAAAGGAGACAAAGUCUGGCAAACAGAAGCUAGAACCGGAGAGAAAGGAAGACGAGGAUGAGGAGCAGAAAGGAAAGAGCAUCCAUGAUGUCGUCUGGGAUGAACAGGGGAUGACUUGGGAGGUCUACGGGGCUUCUGUCGACCCAGAAUCCCUUGGUUUUGCCAUCCAGAGCCACCUGCAGUGCAAAAUCAAGGAGCAAGAGAGGAAACUGAUGGUCCAGACCUCCUUCCGCAAGUCAGUUGACUCGCCGGGACACGGCAGGAAGAACAAAAGGAGGCAGCAGAACAUUUUCAGGUCAAUGCUGCAAAAUGUCAGACGGCCCAACUGCUGCGUGCGUCCCCCUCCCUCCUCCGUCCUCGAGUAG